UUCUGCACAGCGUUCUGGGUGCUGAAGACCGUCGUACUACUGCAAGUUGUGCUGAGCAGCUGAAUAUCUUCAACACAAAGAUACCAGUGCUGUUUCAAUGGCAGUUUAGCUGCAGUAUGUCAGAGGAGCAAGGAAAGGACUCUCCAUCUGAGAUGAGUGUCUCAGUGGAACAGAGGGAAAGAUCAGACUCUGAGGUUUCCAGCUCGGAGUCUGUAAAAAGUGAUCAGUCGAAAGGUGAUGUACCACUUUUCAAUAAGGAAACACCUACCAAAAGUGAAAAACCGGGCCUACAUGUGUCCUUCAGUGAUGAAACACCAUCACAAGCUAAAAGUGAAAGAUCAGGUUCACCUGUGUCCAGCUCUGUGUCUAUGAAGAGUGACCAUUCAAAAGGUGAUGGACCAAACUUCAGUGAGAAAACACCAUCUUCCAAAAGCGAACAAUCAGGCUCUGAUGUGGUCAGCUCUGUGUCUGUGAAGAGUGACCAUUCAAAAGGUGAUGGACCAAACUUCAGUGAGAAGAAAACAUCUACCAAAAGUGUAAGAUCAGGUUCACAUGUGUCCAGCUCUGUGUCUGUGAAGAGUGACCAUUCAAAAGGUGACGGACCGAACUUUAGCGAGAAAAAAACAUCAUCAUCAAAAAGUGUAAGAUCAGGUUCACAUGUGUCCAGCUCUGUGUCUGUGAAGAGUGACCAUUCAAAAGGUGACGGACCGAACUUUAGCGAGAAAAAAACAUCAUCUUCAAAAAGGGUUCAGUUUGAGAAAUCAGAAUCAAACUACAAGAAUUACAGCAACCGCAAGAAUUUCAGAGAAAAUCUCCUCUGGAUCUUCAAGGAUCUUGAGAAAAAAAUUAUUGUAUUUCUGAAGAAUGAGCUGGAAAAGUUUAAGAAAAUAUUAAAUAGAGAAAAUACACAGUACUUUGUGCAGGACUUUACAGAGAAAAUGCGUGAUAUCAAAGAAGCAGCUCUUGAUAUGACACUCUUCUUCCUGAGAGAUAUGGAACAAGUUGAGGCUGCAGAUACUCUACAAGAUGAGCUGGUCCUCAUUCAUCAGCGACCACUAAAAUCAAACCUGAAGAAGAAGCACCAAUCUGUAUCUGAAGGAAUUGCAAAGCAAGGGGGCUCCAAGCUUCUGAAGAACAUCUACACAGAUCUCUAUAUGACUCUGAGUGUUAGUAAACAAGUCAAUAUCCAAAAUGAAGCAGGACAAGUUCAGGCUGCUGACAGGCGACAUGAAUCACAAGAGAUUCCAGUUGAAUGCAAAAAUUUAUUUGAAGCACCUGACCAAGAAAACGAGAUUAGAACUGUGCUGACAAAAGGAGUUGCUGGCAUCGGAAAAUCAGUCUCUGUGCAAAAGUUUAUUGUGGAUUGGGCUGACAGUAAAGAAAAUGAGGAUGUUACUUUCAUAUUUCCUCUUGCAUUUCGAGAAAUGAACUUAAAGGAGAAAGAAACACAAAGCUUGACAAGUCUUAUACGUAAGUUUUUCCCAGAGAUAAAAGGACUGAACCUUGCAAGAAAUGAUAAAUUUAAAUUACUGUUCAUCCUUGAUGGUUUGGACGAAUGCCGUCUUCCUCUGAACUUUGAGGGGAAUGAGACUUGCCGUGAUGUAUCAUCACAAGUAUCUCUGGAUGUUCUCCUCACAAACCUCAUCAAGGGAAAUCUCCUUCCUUCUGCUCUCAUCUGGAUCACCACCAGACCAGCAGCUGCCAUUAAAAUUCCUCCCGAAUGUAUUAACCGCGUGACAGAAGUACAAGGAUUCAAUGAUGCACAAAAGGAGGAGUACUUCAGAAAAAGAUUCACAGAUGCGGAUCUGGCCGACGAAAUCAUUGAUUAUGUUAAACAAUCAAAGAGUCUUUUUAUCAUGUGCUACAUCCCGGUCUUCUGCUGGAUUUCAGCCACUGUUCUCCAGAGCAUUUUAGAGGAGAAAAGAAAUAAUGUUCUGAAAAACAGUCAGGCUGAUGACGCCUCCAAAAUACUGCAGGAAUCAAAUACUGAAGACAUUCCCAAGACUCUGACACAAAUGUACACACACUUUCUCCGCUUUCAGAUCCUGCAGAGCAGACGAAAAUAUGAUGGAGAAUACACACCAGAUGUUUCCUGGGAUAAAGAUGCCAUCCUUUCACUGGGGAGACUGGCAUUUCAUCAGCUGCAAAGAAACAAUCUGCUCUUUUAUGACACAGAUCUGGAAUCCUGUGGUAUUGAUGCCUCCCAAGCAUCAGUGUAUUCAAGCAUGUGUACCCAGAUGUUUAAGGAGGAAAAAGGGAUCAUUCUUGGUACCACUUUCUGCUUUGUUCACUUGAGCAUUCAAGAGUUUAUUGCAGCCCUUUAUGCACAUCUGUUUCUAGACCUCAACAAGAAAAGUGUGUUUGAUCAUCAUGAGUCUACAGAACAGGAAAACAAAAAUGAAACCAUGAUUGAUUUGCUCAAGACUGCAGUGGACAAGGCACUCGAGAGUGAAACUGGACACCUGGACCUUUUCCUUCGCUUCCUUCUCGGUCUGUCACUCCAGACCAAUCGUCCACUGUUACGAGGUCUGUUAACACAGCAAGAUGGCAAUGACGAAAACUACAAGGAAAUAGUUCAGUACAUCAAGCAGAAAUUAGAAGAUAAGAAGAUGUCUCCAGAGAGAUCCAUCAAUCUGUUCUACUGUCUGAAUGAACUGAACGACCAAACUCUGGUGAACGAGAUUCAGACUCAACUUAGAGAAGGAAGUCUUUCAUCUGGUGAUCUUUCUCCUGCCCAGUGGUCUGCUGUGGCCUUCGUUUUGUUGACAUCAGAGGAAGAGAUGGAGGAGUUUGACCUUCAGAAGUUCAAGAAAUCAGACGAGUGUCUCUUUAGGCUAUUGGAAGUUUUGAAAAUCUCCAAAAGAGCUCUGCUAAAUGAUUGUGACUUAACAGAUGAGAGCUGUUCAAAUGUGGCUAAAGCUCUCGGAUCAGAUAACAAUCUGAUAGAGCUGAAUAUGAGCAAUAACAAUCUACUGGAUUCAGGAGUGACGCAGCUCUGCAUUGGACUGGAGACGUGUAAAUUGGAGAUACUGAAGCUCAGUAAGUGUGAUCUAACAGUGAAAAGCUGUUCAGCUCUUGCUUCAGUUCUCCAUUCAGACUCCAGCAGUCUGAAGGAUCUUGACCUGAGUAAUAAUAAUCUACAGGAUUCAGGAGUGAAGCUGCUCUCUGAUGGACUGAAAGAGAACCGUAAACUGGAGAAACUCAGACUUUCAGACUGCAGUAUCACUGAAGAAGGUUAUAAAGCUCUGGCUUCAGCUCUGAGAUCAAACCCUUCACACCUGAUAGAGCUGGAUCUCACAGGAAAUGAUCCUGGACAAUCAGGAGUGAAGCAGCUCAUUGAUUUACGACAUGAUCCGAACUGCCAACUAAAGACACUGUUGAGGUUUUUGGGUCCUGCUGCAUAUGAAGCAUGUCAGUAUGUGGCUGGAAUUGUGGAUGAAAACCCAUUACUUCUGAGAGAACUGAAUCUGAGUGAACAUAAACUAGACUUGAAGCGGCUCGCUCCUCUACUGCAGGAUAAACACUGUAAACUGAACAUACUGGUUCUGAAUAAUAGCUAUAUCACAGACGAAGAUUGUUGUGUUCUGGCUAAAGCUUUAAAUUCAAACCCUUCAAAUUUGAAAAAGCUGGAUUUAACUGGAACUAAACUCAGAGACACGGGAAUGAAGAUCUUCUCGACUCUGUUUGAGAACAAACGGUGUAAACUGGAAAAGCUUAAACUUUCAGACUGCAGUAUCACUGAAGAAGGUUAUCUAGCUCUGGCUUCAGCUCUGAGAUCAAACCCUUCACACCUGAUAGAGCUGGAUCUCAUAGGAAAUGAUCCUGGACAAUCAGGAGUGAAGCAGCUCCUUGAUCUUCUAAAAGAACCAGAUUGUAAACUAAAACUGAGGUUUUUGAGUCCUGCUGCAGAUGAAGCCUGUCAGUUUGUGACUGGAAUUGUGGGUAAAAACCCGUUACUCCUGAGAGAGCUGAAUCUGAGUUUACAUGAACUAGGAGACACACGAGUGAAUCAGAUCUCUGCUCUACUGCAGGAUAAACACUGUAAACUCAACACACUGAUGCUGAAUAAUAACAGUAUUACAGCAGAAGAUUGUGCAGCUCUGACUUCAGCGUUUAAUUCAAAUCCUUCAAACCUGAUAGAGCUGGAUCUGAGUGGAAAUAAACUAGGAAACUCAGGAAUUAAAAAGAUCUCUCCUUUGUUGAAAAAUACACAAUGCAGAUUGGAGAAACUGAAACUCUCAGACUGCAGUAUCACUGAAGAAGGAUAUAAAGCUCUGGCAUCAGCUCUGAGAUCAAACCCUUCACACCUGAUAGAGCUGGAUCUCACAGGAAAUGAUCCUGGACAAUCAGGAGUGAAGCAGCUCAAUGAUUUACUGCUGGAUAGACACUAUAAAUUACAGAUUGUUAGGUUUUUGAAAAGUCCUGCUGCAGAAGAAGCGUGUGAGUAUCUCACUAAAGCUCUGGGUACAAGUCCAUUAUUACUGAAAGAACUGGAUCUGAGUGAAGAUAAAUUAGGAGACCUGGAUGGGAAGAAGCUCUCUGCUCUUUUGAUGGACUCUCAUAGCAAAGUGCAGAAAAUCAAGCUGAAUAAUUGUGAGCUGACAGAGAAAAGCUGUUCAGUUCUAGCUACUGUUCUCUCCUCCAAAACCAUCCUGAAAGAGAUGAACCUGAACAACAGCCGUCUGCUGGACUCAGGAGUCAAAGAGAUCUGUGAGGGACUGAAGAAUCCUGUGUGUGAGCUGAAGAUGCUGAAGCUCAGUAAAUGUGAUCUAACAGAGGAAAGCUGUUCAGCUCUUGCUUCAGUUCUCAGUUCAGACUCCAGCAGUCUGAAGGAUCUUGACCUGAGCAAUAAUAAUCUGGAAGAUUCAGGAGUGAAGCUGCUCUCUGAUGGACUGAAAGAGAACUGUAAACUGGAGAAACUCAGCCUUUCAGACUGCAGUAUCAGUGAAGAAGGUUAUAUAGCUCUAGCUUCAGCUCUGAGAUCAAACCCUUCACACCUGAUAGAGCUGGAUCUCAGAGGAAAUGAUCCUGGACAAUCAGGAGUGAAGCAGCUCAGUGAUCUACUACAGGAUCCAAACAGUCAACUAAAGACACUGUUGAGGUUUUUGGGUCCUGCUGCAGAUGAAGCCUGUCAGUAUGUGACUGGAAUUGUGGGUAAAAAUCCAUUACUCCUGAGAGAACUGAAUCUAAGUGAACAUAAAUACUUAAAGAAUGUGAAGCAGCUUGCUGCUCUACUGAAAGAUAAACAUUGUAGACUGAGCAUAAUUCAGCUGAAUAAUAACAGUUUUACAGAAGAAGGUUGUGCUGCUCUGACUUCAGCAUUUAAUUCAAACCCUUCUAACUUGAAAGAGCUGGAUCUGAGUGGGAAUAAACUUGGAGAAACUGGAGUCAAUAAUAUAUGUUGUCUGUUGCAAAAUCCACAGUGCAGAUUAGAGAAACUGAAACUUUCAGACUGCAGUAUCACUGAAGAAAGUUAUAAAACUUUGACUUCAGCUCUGGCAUCAAACUCACACCUGAUAGAGCUGGAUCUCAGAGGAAAUGAUCCUGGACAAUCUGGAGUGAAGGUGAUCAUGGAUUUCCUGCAGAGUGGAUGGUUUAAAUUAAAAAACAUCAGCUUUUUGAGAAAUUCUGCUGCAGAGGAGGCAUGCAAAUAUCUCACUGAAGCUCUAGGUGAAAAUCCAUUACUGAUGCAAGAAAUGGAUCUGAGCAGACUUAAACUAGGAGACCUGGAAUGGGAGAAAAUAUCUGCUCUUUUGGUGGACUCUCAUUGCAAAGUGAAGAAAAUAAAGCUGAAUAAUAUUAAAUUGAAAAAGAAAAGCUGCUUAGUUCUAGCUACUGUCCUCUCCAAAAACAACACCCUGAAAGAGAUGGACCUGAGCAAAAGUCUUCUGCUGGACUCAGGAGUCAAAGAGAUCUGUGAGGGACUAAAGAAACCUGAGUGUAAACUGAAGAUACUGAAACUCUCAGACUGCAGUAUCACUGAAGAAGGUUAUCUAGCUCUGGCUUCAGCUCUGAGAUCAAACCCUUCACACCUGAUAGAGCUGGAUCUCACAGGAAAUGAUCCUGGACAAUCAGGAGUGGAGCAGCUCAUUAAAGUGAAACAGAAUCGAUCAUGUAAACUGGAAACACUGAGGUUUUUACAAAGUCCUGCAGAUGAAGCCUGUCGGUAUGUGACUAGAAUUGUGUGUAAAAACCCAUUACUCGUGAGAGAGUUGAAUCUGAGUGGGCAUAAUCUAGACCUAAAAAAAUUGAAUCUGCUCACAGCUUUGCUGCAGGAUAAACACUGUAACCUCAACCGACUUCAGCUGUGUGAUUGUGGUCUAACAGAGGAAAGCUGUUCAGCUCUUGCUACAGUCCUGAGAUCAAACCCCAGUCUGAAAGAACUUGACAUGAGCAACAAUAAUCUGCAGGAUUCAGGAGUGAAGAAACUCCAAAAGGGAUUAGAGAAUGCACACUGCACACUGGAGAAACUGAGACUUUUAGACUGCAGUAUCACUGAAGAAGGUUAUAAAGCUCUGGCUUCAGCUCUGAGAUCAAACCCUUCACACCUGAUAGAGCUGGAUCUCAGAGGAAAUGAUCCUGGACCAUCAGGAGUGAAGCAGCUCAAUGAUUUACUACAGGAUAAAAACUAUAAACUGAAGACUCUGAGGUUUUUGGGUCCUGGUGCAGAUGAAGCCUGUCAGUAUGCAAUGAAAGUUCAGGGUAAAAACCCAUUACUCCUGAGAGAGCUGAAUCUGAGUGAAAAUAAACUAGGAGAUACACGAGUGAAUCAGAUCGCUGCUCUACUGCAGGAUAAACACUGCAAAUUGAACAUAAUUCAUCUGUGUAAAUGCAGUAUUACAGAGAAACAGUGUCUCAUCCUGACUUCAGCUCUAAAUUCAAACCCAUCACACCUGAGAGAACUGGACCUGAGUGGAAAUAAACUGGGAGAUGGUGGAGUGGAAAACCUUGGUGUUUUGCUAAGCAAUUUACAAUGCAAGCUUGAAAAACUGAAGUUAAGUGAGUGUGAAAUAACAGAUGAAGGUUGUUCUGAUGUGACUUCAGCUCUGAAAUCAAACCCAUCACACCUCAGAGAGCUGAACCUCAGUGAGAAUAAACUAGGAGACUCUGGAGUGAAAAACCUCAGUGAUCUACUGAUGAACCCACAAUGCAAGCUGAAAAACCUAGAACUCUCAGACUGCAGUAUCACUGAAGAAGGUUAUAAAGCUCUGGCUUCAGCUCUGAGAUCAAACCCUUCACACCUGAUAGAGCUGGAUCUCACAGGAAAUGAUCCUGGACCAUCAGGAGUGAAGCAGCUCAAUGAUUUACGACAUGAUCCGAUCUGCCAACUAAAGACACUGUUGAGGUUUUUGGGUCCUGCUGCAUAUGAAGCAUGUCAGUAUGUGGCUGGAAUUGUGGAUGAAAACCCAUUAAUUCUGAGAGAGCUGAAUCUGAGUAAACAUAAACUAGACUUGAAGCGGCUCGCUCCUCUACUGCAGGAUAAACACUGUAAACUGAACAUACUGGUGUUUAAUUGUAUCUGUAUUACAAAAGAAGGUUGUGCUGCUCUGACUGCAGCGUUUAAUUCAAACCCCUCAAACCUGAUGGAGCUGGAUCUGAGUGAGAAUCCACUAGGAGAUCCUGGAGUAACAGAAAUCUCCACUCUACUGGGAAAUUCACAAUGCACACUAAAGAUACUCAGAAUGUCAAACUGCAGUAUUACUGAAGAAGGUUAUAAAGCUCUGGCUUCAGCUCUGAGAUCAAACCCUUCACACCUGAUAGAGCUGGAUCUCACAGGAAAUGAUCCUGGACAAUCAGGAGUGAAGCAGCUUCUUUAUUCUCUAAAGGAUCCAGAGUGUAAACUAAAACUGAGGUUUUUGAGUCCUGCUGCAGAUGAAGCCUGUCAGUAUGUGACUGGAAUUGUGGGUAAAAACCCGUUACUCCUGAGAGAGCUGAAUCUGAGUGAACGUGAACUAGGAGACACACGAGUGAAUCAGAUCGCUGCUCUACUGCAGGAUAACGCUACACCUCUGUUGGAAAAUACACAAUGCAGAUUGAAGAAACUUGAAUUGUCAGACUGCAGCAUUACAGAAGAAGGUUAUAAAGCUCUGGCUUCAGCUCUGAGAUCAAACCCUUCACACCUGAUAGAGCUGGAUCUCAGAGGAAAUGAUCCUGGACAAUCAGGAGUGAAGCAGCUCAAUGAUUUACUGCUGGAUCCAAACUAUCAGCUGAAGACACUGAGGUUUUUGGGUCCUGAUGCAGAUGAAGCCUGUCAGUAUGUGACUGGAAUUGUGGGUAAAAACCCGUUACUCCUGAGAGAGCUGAGUCUGAGUAAACAUGAACUAGGAGACACACGAGUGAAUCAGAUCGCUGCUCUACUGCAGGAUAAACACUGUACACUCAACACAUUGAUGCUGAAUAAUAACAACAUUACAGCAGAAGGUUGUGCUGCUCUGACUUCAGCAUUUAAUUCAAAUCCUUCAAACCUAAAAGAGCUGGAUCUGAGUGGAAAUAAACUACGAAACACUGGAAUUAAGAAGAUCUGUCAUCUGUUGAACAAUCCACAAUUCAGAUUGGAGAAACUAAGACUUUCAGACUGCAGUAUCACUGGAGAAAGUUAUGAAACAUUGACUUCAGCUCUGAGAUCAAACUCAUAUCUGAUAGAGCUGGAUCUCACAGGAAAUGAUCCUGGACAAUCAGGAGUGAAGCAGAUCCUAGAUUUCCUGAAGAAUGAGCAGUAUACAUUAAAGAUCAUCAGGUUUUUGAAAAGUCCUGCUGCAGAGGAAGUGUGUGACUAUCUCACUAAAGUUCUGGGUAAAAAUCCAUUACUACUGACAGAACUGGAUCUGAGCAGAAUUGAAUUAGGAGUUCUGGGUGGGGAGAAACUUUCUGCUCUUUUGAUGGACUCUCACAGCAAAGUGGAGAAAAUAAAGCUGAAUAAUUGUGAGCUGACAGAGAAAAGCUGUUCAGUUCUAGCUACUGUUCUCUCCUCCAAAACCAUCCUAAAAGAGAUGAACCUGAACAACAGUCGUCUGCUGGACUCAGGAGUCAAAGAGAUCUGUGAGGGACUGAAGAAAUCGAAGCUGAAGAUACUGAAACUUUCAGACUGCAGUAUCACUGAAGAUGGAUAUACAGCUCUGGCUUCAGCUCUGAGAUCAAACCCUUCACACCUGAUAGAGCUGGAUCUCAGAGGAAAUGAUCCUGGACAAUCAGGAGUGAAGCAGCUCAGUGAUUUACAAGAGCGAUGGUUGUAUUCACUGAAAUCAACACUGAGGUUUUUGGGUCCUGCUGCAGAGGAAGCCUGUCAGUAUGUGACUGGAAUUGUGGGUAAAAACCCGUUACUCCUGAGAGAACUGAAUCUGAGUGAACAUGAACUAGGAGACACACGAGUGAAUCAGAUCUCUGCUCUACUGCAGGAUAAACACUGUAAAUUAGACACAAUUCAACUCUCAGACUGCAGUAUCACUGAAGAAGGUUAUAAAGCUCUGGCUUCAGCUCUGAGAUCAAACCCUUCACACCUGAUAGAGCUGGAUCUCACAGGAAAUGAUCCUGGACAAUCAGGAGUGAAGGAGCUCAGUGAUUUACUACAGGAUCCAAACUAUCAACUGAAGACACUGAGAUUUUUGAGUCCUGCUGCAGAAGAAGCAUGUCAGUAUCUGACUACUCUUCUGAAAACAAACCCAUUACUCCUGAGAGAGCUGAAUCUCAGUGAGUGUAAACUAGGAAACUCAAACAUGAAGCAGAUCACUGCUCUACUGGAGGAUAAACACUAUACACUCAACACACUGAUACUGAAUAAUAACAGCAUUACAGAAGAAGGUUGUGUUGCUCUGACUUCAGCGAUUAAUUUAAAUCCUUCAAACCUGAUAGAGCUGGAUCUGAGUGGGAAUAAAAUAGGAAACUCAGGAAUUGAGAAGAUCUGUCCUCUGCUGACAAAUAAACAAUGCAGAUUGAAGAAAUUGAGGUUAAAAGGCUGGGAUGUGAAACAUAAAGGUUGUUCUGCUCUGAUGUCAGCUCUGAAUUUAAACCCAUCACACCUGAGAGAACUGAACCUCAGCAAGAAUAAACUAGGAGACUCUGGAGUGAAAACCCUCAGUGAUCUACUGAAGAACACACAAUGCAAGCUGGAGAAACUACAACUCUCAAACUGUAGUAUCACAGAAGAAGGUUAUAAAUCUCUGGCUUCAGCUCUGAGAUCAAACCCUUCACACCUGAUAGAGCUGGAUCUCACAGGAAAUGAUCCUGGACAAUCAGGAGUGAAGCAGCUCAGUGAUUUACUACAGGAUCCAAACUGUCAGCUGAAGACACUGAGGUUUUUGAGUCCUGCUGCAGAUGAAGCCUGUCAGUAUGUGACUGGAAUUGUGGGUAAAAACCUGCUACUCCUGAGAGAACUGAAUCUGAGUGGAUGUAAAUUAGGUGACUCUAAGAUGAAUCGGCUUGUUCCUCUACUGCAGGAUAAACACUGUAAACUCAGCACACUUCAUCUGCGUAAGUGUGGUCUAACAGAGGAAAGCUGUUCAGCUCUCGCUACAGUCCUGAGAUCAAACUCCAGUCUGAAAGAGCUUGACAUGAGCAACAAUAAUCUGCAGGAUUCAGGAGUGAAGAAACUCGAAUUAGAAGAUAAAAACUGCAAACUGGAGAAUCUCAGACUUUCAGACUGCAGUAUCACUGAAGAAGGUUAUAUAGCUCUGGCUUCAGCGCUGAGAUCAAACCCUUCACACCUGAUAGAGCUGGAUCUCACAGGAAAUGAUCCUGGACAAUCAGGAGUGAAGCAGCUCAGUGAUUUACUCCAAAGUCGUUCCUCUAUCUCCAGGUUUUUGGGUCCUGCUGCAGAUGAAGCAUGUCAGUAUGUGACUGGAAUUGUGGGUAAAAACCCGUUACUCCUGAGAGAGCUGAAUCUGAGUGAACAGAAGCUAGGAGACACACGAGUGAAUCAGAUCUCUGCUCUACUGCAGGAUAAACACUGUACACUCAACACACUGACGUUGUGUAAUUGUGGUCUAACAGAGGAAAGCUGUUCAGCUCUCGCUACAGUCCUGAGAUCAAACCCCAGUCUGAAAGAGCUUGACAUGAGCAACAAUAAUCUGCAGGAUUCAGGAGUGAAGAAACUCCAGAACAGAUUAGAAGAUACAAACUGCACACUGGAGAAACUCAGACUUUCAGACUGCAGUAUCACUGAAGAAGGUUAUAAAGCUCUGGCUUCAGCUCUGAGAUCAAACCCUUCACACCUGAUAGAGCUGGAUCUCACAGGAAAUGAUCCUGGACAAUCAGGAGUGAAGGAGCUCAGUCAUUUACUACAGGAUCCAAACUGUCAACUGAAGACAUUGAGGUUUUUGGGUCCUGCUGCAGAUGAAGCCUGUCAGUAUGUGAAAGGAAUUGUGGGUAAAAACCCAUUACUCCUGAGAGAGCUGAAUCUGAGUGAACAUGAACUAGGAGACACACGAGUGAAUCAGAUCUCUGCUCUACUGCAGGAUAAACACUGUACACUCAACACACUGAUGCUGAAUAAUAACAGUAUUACAGAAAAAGGUUGUGCUGCUCUGACUUCAGCAUUUAAUUCAAAUCCUUCAAACCUGAUAGAGCUGGAUCUGAGUGGAAAUAAACUAGAAAACUCAGGAAUGAAGAUGAUCUGUCGUUUGUUGAAAAAUCCACAAUGCAGAUUAGAGAAACUGAGACUUUCAGACUGCAGUAUCACUGAAGAAGGUUAUAAAGCUGUGGCUUCAGCUCUGAGAUCAAACCCUUCACACCUGAUAGAGCUGGAUCUCACAGGAAAUGAUCCUGGACAAUCAGGAGUGAAGCAGCUCAAUGAUUUACUACAGGAUCCAAACUGUCAACUGAAGACACUGAGGUGA